CUUCUUGCAUCACUCAACACUCACUCUCAGUUAAAAAAAAAAAAAAAAAAAGGUCCUCACUCUCAGAACUUGAGAGAGAAAAAGAAAGAAUCAAAUGCUUUCUGCAAAGACAGUCAAUUUGUUGUCUCAGAUAUAUGUAAGUUAAAAGGAAAAUAAAAUCCUCCAAAUGACAAUUUGUGGUUCAAGCUAAAAUAAAGAAGGGUGAACGGAGGAGAAAGAGAAAGAAAGAGAGGAAUCUUUGUUGGGUGGGUGUUUGUGUUUUUCAUUCACCCUGGAAAGGCUUGUUUCUGCCAGUUGGCAGAAAAGAGAUCGAGUUAGUUUCUUGUUAUUUUAAAUAGGCCGGAAGUUCUGUGGACAUUGUUGCAAUGGUAUCUAGGUCCUAUUCAAAUCUCUUAGAUCUUGCUUCAGGGGAUUCCCCUACUUUUGGUCGAGAGAAGAAGAGGUUUCCUCGGGUGGCAACUUUACCUGGUGUGUUGUCUGAGUUAGAUGAUGAGACCAGCAAUAGUGUUGGUUCUGAAGCUCCUUCAUCUAUCUCUCAGGAAAGGAUGAUCAUUGUUGGAAACCAGCUUCCCCUUCGAGCCUAUCGAAGUGCAAAUGGAGAGUGGUGCUUUAAUUGGGAUGAGGACUCGCUUCUUUUGCAACUUAAAGAUGGGCUUGGUGAAGAUGUUGAAGUAAUCUAUGUGGGUUGUAUUAAAGAAGAAAUUGACCCCAGUGAGCAAGAUGAUGUGGCACAAACUUUGCUGGAAACUUUCAAAUGUGUACCAGCGUUCAUUCCUCCUGAGCUUUUCAGUAAAUUUUACCAUGGAUUCUGCAAACAACAUCUCUGGCCACUGUUUCACUACAUGCUUCCUCUGUCACCAGAUCUUGGUGGCCGGUUUGAUCGUUCGCUUUGGCAAGCUUAUGUUUCAGUGAACAAAAUUUUUGCAGACAAAGUAAUGGAAGUGAUUAGUCCUGAGGAUGAUUUUGUUUGGGUUCAUGACUACCAUUUGAUGGUUUUGCCCACAUUCUUGAGAAAGAGGUUUAAUAGGGUGAAACUUGGAUAUUUCCUCCAUAGUCCAUUCCCAUCAUCUGAGAUAUAUAGAACACUUCCUGUAAGAGAAGAGCUUUUACGAGCACUUCUGAAUUCUGACCUCAUUGGGUUUCAUACUUUUGAUUAUGCCAGACAUUUCCUCUCAUGUUGCAGCAGAAUGCUUGGCCUUUCUUAUCAAUCAAAGCGAGGCUACAUAGGACUUGAAUAUUAUGGUCGUACAGUAAGUAUUAAGAUUCUUCCAGUUGGGAUUCAUAUAGGACAGCUCCAGUCUGUGCUCAAUCAAUCUGAGACAGAAGCUAAGGUGGCUGAGUUGCGGGAUCAAUUUAGGGGCCAAACUGUUAUGCUUGGGGUUGACGACAUGGACAUCUUUAAGGGAAUCAGCUUGAAGCUUUUGGCCAUGGAACAGUUGCUCAUGCAACAUCCUGAUAAGAGAGGUGAAGUCGUUCUUGUUCAAAUUGCAAACCCUGCAAGAGGAAGAGGAAGAGAUGUCCAGGAGGUCCAAAGUGAAACUCAUGCUACGGUGAAGAGGAUUAAUCAUAUAUUUGGAAGGCCGGGAUAUAAGCCAGUGGUUUUGAUUGACAAUCCACUUCAAUUUUAUGAGCGUAUUGCCUAUUAUGUCAUUGCUGAGUGCUGCCUAGUUACAGCAGUAAGAGAUGGAAUGAAUCUUAUACCGUAUGAGUAUAUUAUAUGCCGGCAAGGAAAUGAAAAGCUUGAUGAGACCCUUGGGUUGAGUCCAUUGAACCCUAAGAAGAGCAUGCUAGUUGUUUCAGAAUUUAUUGGGUGUUCACCAUCUCUAAGCGGAGCAAUACGAGUAAACCCAUGGAAUAUUGAUUCUGUGGCUGAAGCUAUGGAUUCUGCCUUAAUUCUCUCAGAGGCAGAGAAGCAGUUGCGGCAUGAGAAGCACUACAGGUAUGUGAGUACACAUGAUGUUGCAUAUUGGGCACACAGCUUUUUGCAGGAUCUCGAAAGGGCAUGUCGGGAUCAUGUGAGGAGGAGAUGCUGGGGAAUUGGUUUUGGUUUGGGAUUCCGGGUAAUAGCUUUAGAUCCAAAUUUCAGGAAGCUUUCAGUUGAGCAUAUUGUUUCAGCUUAUAAGAGGACCAAGAACCGAGCAAUUCUUUUGGAUUAUGAUGGAACUAUGAUGUCUUCUGGUUCAAUCAGUACUAAUCCAAACACGGAGGCUGUUGGGAUACUGAACAGUCUAUGCAGGGAUCCCAAGAAUGUUGUAUUCCUUGUUAGUGGGAAAGACAGAAAGACUCUAACUGAAUGGUUCUCUAGCUGUGAAAAACUUGGACUUGCAGCAGAGCAUGGUUACUUUGUCAGGCCAAGUCAGAAUGAAGACUGGGAGACUUGUGUCUCUGUGCCAGACUUUGAUUGGAAACAGGUCGCUGAGCCUGUGAUGCAAUUAUACACGGAGACAACUGAUGGUUCUGCCAUUGAAACCAAAGAAAGUGCUCUUGUUUGGAAUUACCAGUACGCAGAUCCAGAUUUUGGAUUUUGCCAGGCUAAGGAGCUUCUGGAUCACCUAGAAAGUGUACUUGCUAAUGAGCCUGUUUCUGUUAAGAGUGGCCAACAUAUUGUUGAAGUCAAACCCCAGGGUGUCAACAAGGGUCUGGUAGCUGAAUGUCUCCUCAAAACAAUGCAACAGAAGGGAAUGCUUCCAGAUUUCGUUCUUUGUAUUGGGGAUGACCGGUCCGAUGAGGACAUGUUUGAGGUGAUAAUGAGUGCGAAGGAAGGUCCCUCUCUCUCCCCAGUGGCUGAAGUGUUCGCUUGUACGGUAGGCCGGAAACCGAGCAAGGCCAAGUACUAUUUGGAUGACACGACUGAUAUUCUCCGAAUGCUGCAGGGUCUAGCCAAUGCUUCAGAGCCGACUCAUAGAAACAUUUCUCAAGUUUCUCCUCGCGUGGUUCUUGACAGAGAGUAAACUGGUUUCUUCUCUACACCCUGAGAAAAUAUCAAAGUUUACAUAGAAUUUCUGUGCGGAAAAAAUUCUUGCAUCGCUCAAGUGUCAAUCUGCUCAUAUUUGAAGCAGGUUUUGUCUCUGCCUGGCAAUCUGUUAGACAGACAGAGGGAAGAGUUUUAUAUGAAUUAUGAUACAUGUUUAAUUGUAUCUGUAGCUUUUGUUCUGAGUCUAUAUAUAGAUCUUAAGCUCAUGUAUUGCUUUCUUUCCAAGUUGUGUAGCUGUUUAGCUUUACAUCUGCAAUCUACUCUCUUAAGUCUCUGCUUGAUGGAUGAUGAAUAAUUUCAUAGUCUGCCAGAUACCAUUAGAGUCGGUCAUUCAUUCAUGUCUGCAUGUCUGCUGGUUUGCUAGAACAAAUAUGGUUGAGGCUA